GCUGUUGCUUACGCUUUAUUUCUUGUUCUGGGUGCCAAAAAUGGUCCCACACUCACGCGCAAGUGUGACGGCGAAGAUGGCAAAGUCGAAUUAGCUUACCAAAUCUGCUCCUCUUGCAAUAAAUUAUAAACAGAACGGGACAAACGCUCUUUUAUUCAUUCACGGUUAGGAGAAUCUAGGAAGAUUUGAAAGUUACCCUAGGAAAUUUGUGCGACAAGUAUCUGGCAACACUGUGCAUUUAACUGGCUGGCUCAGAGCAAUUUUCAGGAACUGUCUCACUGAUCUUAUUAUUGAUACGUAUCAACUAAAAUUGAACGUUUUUUAAAAAAGUAUAACCUGCAAACACUGUAUACAAACAAAUAAUUAUGCCCUCAACAUGAUAUUAUAAACAAAAAAAACAAUCAACUAGGCAUAAUUCAACUUAAAAUUCACUGUGUACUUUGAAUAUUCGAUUCAAAUCAAUAAGCCUCGCAUUCUCAUUGAAAGAUGACAGGUGAUGGGCCUCCAAAUGAACAAGUGAUAUUCGUAACUGGAGGGUACGAUCACACAAUAAAAAUAUGGCAAGCACACACUGGAAUUUGUCAACGGACAGCUCAACACACGGACUCUCAAGUUAAUGCUUUAGAUAUUACGCCGGAUAAGCAGCUUGUUGCUGCUGCUGGAUAUCAACAUAUUCGUAUGUAUGAUUUGGGAUCGAGUAAUCCAAAUCCUGUUAUCAAUUACGAUGGCGUUGCUAAGAACGUUACUGGGCUUGGUUUUCAGGAAGACGGGAAGUGGAUGUAUACAGGGGGCGAAGAUUGUUCAGCAAGGAUCUGGGAUCUUAGAUCACGAGAUCUGCAGUGCCAAAGAAUCUUUCAAGUUUCAGCCCCAGUGAACUGUGUAUGCCUGCACCCAAAUCAAGCUGAAUUAAUAGUUGGUGAUCAAAGUGGUGUUAUUCACUUGUGGGACCUUCGAUCUGACCAUAACGAACAAUUGAUACCAGAAGCAGAGGCGUCUAUACAGGACAUAGCCAUAGAUCCGGAAGGUACUCAUAUGGCUGCUGUAAAUAAUAAGGGAAGUUGUUACAUAUGGGCGUUGUCUGGUGGUGUAGGCAAAGAACCUACUAAAUUGAGUCCCAGAAAAAAGCUUGAAACCCACAAACGUUAUGCACUCAGAUGUCAGUUUAGUCCGGACUCUUCGCUUUUGGUAACAACAUCUGCCGAUCAGACAGCAAGAGUAUGGGAAACGACCGAUUUUACAGAAACGCAAAUUUUGAAGCAUGAGGCGAAAAGAUGGGUGUGGGAUGCUGCAUUCAGCGCAGAUUCUCAGUAUAUAUUUACAGCUUCUUCAGAUGGCGUUGCAAGAUUGUGGAAUGUUGCAACUGGAGUUGUCGAGCGAGAAUACCAAGGCCACCAAAAAGCUAUCACAGCACUAGCUUUCAGAGAUGAGGUUCGCGUUUCGUCUUGAGUCAUUUAACAUAUUGUACAAUACAUUAAGCUCUUUGUUAUUGUAACCAUAUUGAAAUAGCUAUAAAUGUAGGACGUACCACUGCUAGUUCUAAGUAUUUCAUUAGGUAACUGUCAAUGCCAGUCCUACUUUUUGUAUAUUCAAGAAGCAAUACGUGUUGGAUUUACGCUUUACAUAUAUUCUUAUGAAAUAUGUGCUUUUGAAUAA